AUGGAGACUGUCAGGCCUGAGCGCUCCAGCGUCGGUGGCUUCCUCCGGGCCGUGAGCAGAAUCGUACGAUACCGCCGCGGCGGCAAGGAGAGAGGAGCCGGCGUGGUUACAGAUGAAGUGAGCGUCGGGAAGCCGAAGUUCGCGGAGGGCUUCAAUGGGGCCUCUCUCUCAUCAUCCCACCCAGGUUUCCCUGAUGAGGACGAGAAGAAGAAGAAGCAGCCGCCGCUUCAGGAGCAGCGGCAGCAGAACAGGGAGGUGAUGGAAACUCUCCUCGCCGAGCUCUUCGCCGGUAUCGCCGCCAUCAAGGCCUCCUACGCCCAGCUUCAGGUCGCCCAGUCGCCCUACGACCCGGACACCAUCCAGUCCGCCGACCAGGUCGUGGUGGCGGAGCUGAAGCAGCUCUCCCAGCUUAAGCACUCCUACUUCAAGCAGAUCGACGCCGGCACCGUUGCCGGCUGUGGACACUCCGACCGAGAUUCCCAGCUGCUGGCGGAGCUGCAGGAGCAGAAGAACCUCGUCAAGACCUUCCAGAUUACCGUCAAGAAGCUGGAGGCCGAGCUUCUGCACAAGGACGCCGAGGUCCUCCUGAAGAAACAGGCUCUGGAUGCGGAGCAAGCCUCGUCGGCUUUGCGGCGACCUCUGCAGGUGCUGAGUGGCCUCAGGCCGUCGUCUCUCAACCCAUCACACUUCCUGGCGGCCCUUCAGGAGGCUCGCAGAUCGGUCCGAUCAUUCGCCGGGCAGAUUGUGCGGCGGAUGGAGCUCGCCGGGUGGGACCUCGAUGCCGCCGCCGCCGCCGCCGUUUCGUUUCAGGGGGAGGUCCAGUGGGGGAAGCGGGAGCACCGAGCGUUCGCGUUUGAGUCCUACGUCUGCGCCACCAUCUUCUCUGGCUUCAAGGACGGCGACUUCGGCCUCGGCGGCGGCGAUCGGCGAGCGUUCUUCGACGAAUUCGUAUCAUUGAGGUCCGCCAGUCUGGGGCAAGCCCUCAAAGAACCGGAGUUCGCCAGAUUCUGCCGGGCCAAGUAUCUCAUCAUGGUGCAUCCGGCAAUGGACGAGUCCUUCUCCGGCGGCGGCAAUGCGAGAGCCGUGGUGAGCUCCGGCGAGGGCUUCCCGGAGACGGAGUUCUACCAGGGCUUCGCGGAGAUGGCGAGGAGGGUGUGGCUCCUGCACCGACUCUUCUUCUCCUUCGGGCCUAAGGAGGAGGCAUCUAUUUUCCAGGCGAGGAGGGGCUGCCGGUUCUCAGAGGUCUUCAUGGAGAGCGUGGUGGAGCCGGAGGAGGACGCUGGCGGUGCUGCUGUUGGGUUUACGGUGGCCCCGGGGUUCAGGCUGAGGAAGACGAUCUACCACUGCAAGGUUUACUUGGCGGCGCCGGCGGAGCGGCGGCGCAGCGGUGUGUGA